AUGCUGAAGAUGGAGAAGAUGCAGCCGUUACUUGCCCUUUGUGAAAACCACUGGAAGGCGGAGCAUAUCCUUGGUCAGAUGCUACUACAGGAGAAGGGACCAGAUUUUGAGGCUGACGAUGAUGACGAUGUCAGCCACGUCAGUACCUCCGUUGUCAGCACUAGUGUAGGCAAACCCUCAGCAUCUGAGACAGUCGGAGUCCCCACUGCGGCAACCUCACAGACUUCAGCCAUCAACAAGCGACGUCGAGGACAUUCUUCUUCUUCGAGCAAGCCAAAGAAGAAACCUGCCGUGAAUGUGGCAUUGCAGCAUGUGAAGGAUACGAUGUUCGCGCCGGUAACUGCACCAACACUCAUCAGGAAAAAAUGGCUUGACUACAUGGCCCGACGUAGCCUAGGUAGCAGUGGUAGCCCGGUAGACAAGUCCCCGGUUAUAUUGUACCGGUAG